UUCACGCCCCCUUCAUUUCCAAGAACAUCUAGCCAAAACCAAUACCAUGGAAAACAGAAGGAGAUUUUCCAAGAAUCAGAUGCAAAUCAGCAAAAGCAAAGCAAAGUCCAAUUCUAUAAUCUGCAAGAAGCACCCUAAACACAAGCAAAACCCCGGGGUUUGCUCUGUCUGUCUUAGUGAAAAACUCUCUCUGCUUUCAAAAAUUUCACGAAGUAAUACUACAACUAUUACUACUACUUCUUCUUCUUCUUCUUUGUCGUCUUUGUCUUCGUCUUCGGAUGUAUCCUCGUGUUCUUCUCCACUUCGUUAUAGAAUGGACAAUAAUGUGCUUAUAAAGAGUAGAUCGUUGGCUUUAAUAAUGAGAAGAAGAGAAGGUGGAAUAUUGGAAGAGAGUAAUGGGAAUAAGAAGAAAGGAGGGUUUUUGUCUAAAUUAUUAAAUUCAAGGAGAAAUAGAAAGGAUGAAGGAUUGACGCAUUCAAGAACAAUGAGAGGAAGGGUGAUAACAAGACUAAGAACUACAGCAGCAUGAGAUUUUUAUUUUCUUCUUGGUUUUGAUUUAAUAAGAUCUGUUUUAUUAUUUAAUAGUUUUUAGCUAGCCAAUUUAGACAAAAGAAAAAUAUAGUACGAAAAUAGGCCACGUCUGUAUGAACUAUGUUCGUGGAAAUUGUGAAUGAUUAUCGGGAAAAACAAUUACCUUUUAAUAUAUAGGGUACAACAUUUUAUAGUUUUGGUUCCUUCUCAGUGCAAUGAUGAUGUGUUACUUAACAGAGUUAAUGAAAAGAUAUGUAUCUUUUUUCA